ACCACACCCAUUUACAUGUAUUGAAAUGUCUGCCUCUUUGACAAAAUUAUUACCAAAGCCGACACAGCUGUCUUAUGAUCCUUCUUCAGUCGAGAGAACAGAAACCGCCUAUCAAACAUUAACCAGUAAAGGUCUUAUCAAUAGGGAGCCUCCUCCAUACGGGAAGAGAAAAGGAUGGACACCUCGAUCACUAGAAGAUUACGGAGGGGGUGGGGCAUUCCCUGAGAUUCACAUGGCUCAGUAUCCUCUCAAUAUGGGGAAGAAGACCAGCACUGGAGGGGGCGGAGCUAGUAGUGCAAUAGUACCUCUUCAGGUAGACGCUGAGGGAAAGGUCAAGUAUGACAGUAUUGCUAAACUGGGACAUGGGAAAGACAGGAUUGUCCAUACUUCAUUACAAGACAUGCUUCCGAAGACACUAACUAAAGAUGAUCCUCAGUUGUCCAAACCCUCUGAUGAAGAGGUAGAGAAGGUUACAGAGAAGACAAGACAGGCCCUUGAGCUCCUGGUACAAAAGAAAGUGGCAGCAGCUCAACCAGUGAGGGCUGCAGAGAAACUAGCACCAGCUCAAUAUAUCCGCUAUACUCCAAGCCAGCAAGGGCCUGCCUUUAACUCUGGGGCUAAACAAAGGAUUAUUAGGAUGGUGGAGGCACAAAAAGACCCCAUGGAACCACCCAAAUUUAAAACAAACACAAAAAUACCACGUGGGCCCCCCUCGCCCCCAGCACCAGUUCUACACUCACCUCCUAGAAAAGUGACUGUUAAAGAGCAGCAGGACUGGAAGAUUCCUCCCUGUAUCUCCAACUGGAAGAACAACAGAGGAUUCACCAUAGCCCUGGAUAAGAGAUUAGUAGCUGAUGGGCGGGGCCUACAGGAUCAUACCAUCAACGAUAAUUUUGCAAAACUAGCACAAUCUUUGUAUAUGGCUGAUAGAGAAGCCCGUAAUGCUGUUGAAGCUCGUAACAACUUGGAGCGUAAGAUAGCUCAGAAACAAAGAGAAAGCAAAGAGGAGAGACUCCGUGAGCUGGCACAGAAGGCAAGGGAUGAAAGAGCAGGAAUAAGAACUGAAGGAGGAGGAGGAGGAGGAGAAGAUGAAUCAGAGAAGGAAAGGGAGCAGUUGAGAUACGAUAGACACAAAGAGAGAGAGAGGGCAAGAAGAAUAGCUAAGGCCAAUCCUAAUAAAAGGUCAAAGUUGGACAGAGACAAAGAUCGUGACAUCAGUGAGAAGAUAGCCCUGGGUAUGCCCGGGGCCCCGCCCUCUAACGAAUCAAUGUUUGACCAAAGACUCUUCAACACUUCUCAGGGUCUGGACUCAGGCCUAGGGCUACUUGAUGAUGUGUAUAAUGUCUAUGAUAAGCCGUGGAGAGCUGGGGGUGGGGCAGCCUCAACUAUUUAUAAACCAACUAAAGUCAACGAUAAAGAUAUUUAUGGAGACGAUGUUGAGAAACUGAUAAAAACCAGCAGGUUUGUUCCAGAUAAAGAUUUUUCAGGUACAGAUCGGUCUCAAACCAGAGAUGGUCCAGUACAGUUUGAGAAGGCAGUGGAGGAGGAUCCAUUUGGACUGAACCAGUUCCUCUCGGAGGCUAAACAGGCCAAACGUCCUUCAAACAGAGACGCUGAGACAUCAAGAUCAAAGAAAGGACGUCAUUGAAGUUAAUUAAUUUAAUCAAUUAAUUAAAGUUAAUUAAAAACUGGAGGACAUGUCAUUUUUGUUGUACAGCAA